AUGAAUCGAGGAUACCAACUUGGCGUUGACGUUGGCGGUACCUUCACCGAUGUAUAUGUCCUCACUCCUCAGGGUCAAACCGUCCGAGCUAAAGUCCCAACCACAAUCCCAGACCAAAGCAUUGGUAUUCAAAAUGGCAUCAAGAAAGCACGAGAAAUCCUAAAAGUCCAAUUCAACUGGUCUGGAAAGUUCCAGUUCAUUCACCAUGGCACUACGACAGGCACCAAUGCUGUCCUAGAGGGCAAAGGCGCCCGUACUGCGCUCGUGGCCACAGCUGGCCACAAAGAUAUUCUGGCUCUGCGUCGCUCUCAAAUCCCCGGUGGUCUGGGCGCCUGGUUACACUUUACUCCGCCAGAGCCUAUCGUGCCUCUCGAACGGGUAGUGCAAUGCAAGGAGCGGAUGUCAGUGCAUGGAGAGCCGGUUAAGGCGGUGGAUGUUGAGGAUCUUCGACAGAGUCUCCGAGUGUUAAGAGGACAAAACCCCGAGGCUGUUGCCGUAUCACUGUUGAAUUCCUACAGUAAUGCCUCCCACGAACGUGUGGUUGAGAAAAUUAUCCACGAGGAGCUGGGCUCCAAUGUGGCCGUGAUCUGUUCUGCCGAUGUAUUGCCCGAGGUGGGCGAGUACGAACGCACGGUGACAACCUGCACAAAUGCGCUCGUCAAGCCGGUAGUCCAGACAUAUCUUCGGAAUCUGGCUGAUAAGCUCACCGUGGAAAGUGAUACUAUCCGGGUACUCAAGAGCGACGGUGGCUUAACUAGCUUGGUGCUGGCCGGGGAAUUACCCGUCACAAUUCUCAUGUCGGGUCCAGCUGGAGGAGUGACUGGAGUGGCGGACGUGGUGGCUCGUGGUACACCGUACAAGAGUCUGAUCACUCUGGAUAUGGGUGGCACCUCGACAGAUUGCGCUUUGAUUUAUAACGGCCAACCUCAGCUACGACGGGAAACUACCAUCGACAACCUGUCUGUUCGCUCUCCUGCCGUGGAUAUUCACACCGUUGGAGCCGGUGGAGGCUCGAUUGCGACAUAUGUGGAGCUCACAGAGACGUUGCGAGUGGGCCCUGAAAGUGCAGGCGCAUCACCAGGACCUGCAUGCUAUGGAAAUAAUGGGACUCAGGCAACGGUGACGGAUGCAAAUCUUGUUUUGGGAUAUUUGCCAAAAACCUUGUUGGGAGGAGAUUUUAUGUUGGACAUGAAGGCUGCAAUUGCCGCUGUUGAGAACAUCGCGUCGCAAAUUAAUCUCCCAGUCUCCCAAGUCGCAGAGGAUAUCAUCGCUCUCACCAACGAAACCAUUUACGGGGCACUGCGUCUCGUCUCCGUGGAGCAGGGGUAUGACCCUCGAGAAUUUGCUCUGGUGGCUUUCGGAGGCGCUGGACCCCUGCAUGCAAAUGCUGUUGGUGAAUUGCUUGGGGCAUGGCCAGUAAUCAUCCCGCCUUCACCGGGCAUUCUGUGCGCGCAGGGCGAUGUGACUACUAAGAUGACACUCGAGAAAUCUGCCACCUUCAUUCGAUUAGUGUCUGAAACAACCGCAACCACAGUCCGAGACCAGUAUUCUACAUUGGAGAAGCAUGGCCGGGAAACCCUUGAAAGAUCAACAAGUACAUCGUGGUCCAUCACAUGGAAGGCACAAUAUCAGGCCGAUCUGAGGUACAAAGGCCAGGCGUUGACAAUCACGGUCAAUCUGGAGGCAGAAGAGCUAGCUCUCAGCACUGCAGAGUGGCACAAUGUGUUGCGGGAGAAGUUUGACCGCCAGCACCAGCAGCUUUUCACGUACUGCCUACCGAACUUUGAAUUGGAGUUGAUACGGCUGGGAGUUAUUCUGAUUGAUGACUCGCCUGUCGUUGCUACUCCACACAUCGAAAAAGCGUUGUCUAGUGAACCAGCUCCGACAGCAAAGCUUGGGGAGCAGACCAUCAUCGUACAAGGCCAGCCGCAAAAGGCUAUACUCUGGGAUCGCUCAAAGAUCAGUCAGGAGGGUGUCCGGUUGAAUGGGCCAUGCAUCAUCACAGAGAUGGAUAGCAAUACAUUGGUUCUGCCCGGCUACUAUGGAGAGAUCGAUAGCGUGGGGAAUAUCCUGAUCAACCCAUCAGAUAAGUCUGCGGAUGCGACCAGUCAUACAACCCAGUCUGCUAGUGAUCUCGUCAAAAGCACCCCUUUAAUUCCCACCUUGAUCUCUGCUGCCCUCGCCUCUAUCAGAGGCGAGAUGGAUAAGAUGAUGCUACGGUGCAGCAUGUCGCCAGCUAUUCGGGAGCAACAAGACGAAUUCAAUGUUAUUACAAACAGUAAGGGACAAAUGCUGGUUGGCCAGUUUGGCAGUUUCAUCACCCAGUUCCUCGAAAUUUGGAAAGGAACCAUCGAGGAAGGCGAUGUAUUCAUCACCAAUGACACCUACCAGGUGCAAGGUGCCAUCAGCCAUCUGAAUGAUGUUAUUGUUUUGUUGCCUAUCUUUUAUGAGCAUAGAAUCAUUGGCUGGGCUUCGCAAUUCGGCCACCUGACAGACGUCGGUGGUAUUGUUCCCGGAAGCAUGUCUAUUAACGCCACCUCCGUGUUCGACGACGGUGUCCAAAUUCCCUGCCUCAAACUGUACAGUCGCGAUGUCAUGAACUCCGAUUUAGUGGAGCUUCUGUGCAGAAAUUCUCGUCAGCCAGAUUGGUACCGUUCGGAUCUAACAGCCAUCGUCGCAGCAUGUUCAAUGGCUGCUAGAAGAGUUUGCGAACUGGCUACCCGUUUCGGCUGUGAAGUUUAUCUGGCUGCCUCAGAUGAGCUAUUGCACCGGAACCGUGCUGGACUGGCAAAGAUCAUUGAACGACAGUUUGACGACAAGGAGAGCAAUUUCACGGACUUUGUUGACGAUGAUGGUCACGGAGUUGGACCUUGGGCUCUCUGCUGCUCUAUGAAGAAGAUUGACGGUCACCGGCUGCGGUUUGACUGGCACGGCACUUCUCCGCAAAGUCAACACAGUAUCAAUUUCUAUCUCUCGGAGACUAUGUUCAAGAUGUUCAUCGGGUAUUAUCUCAUUGCGGCUGCUGCCCCGGGUACAGUCAUCAAUGAUGGAUUCCACGACCUUAUCGAUGUCCAUAUUCCUGGAGGCACUGUACUCAAACCCGUCAGGCCCGCGCCAAUUUCUUGUCGUACACAUCUCAUGGGUCGUACCUUGGAUAUUAUUCAAGCCCUGAUCGGUCAGAAAAACGAAGCAUACCAGGCUGCAGCAGGAUUCAGUGACUCUCCACACUUUUUCUAUUCCGGCUUCAAGCCUGACGGCGAAUGGUUCCAGCUUUACCAGAUCGGAUUCGGGGGUGUCCCUGCCCGCCAGGCUGGAGACGGUCCUGAUUGUCACUGCCUUUUCCCUGCAAUCAAGUCCAUCCCCACAGAAAGCAUUGAGCUCAAUUAUCCAUUGCGUAUUGAAGCAAAUGAAAGCGUCGCCGACAGCGGCGGUCCAGGUUUCUACCGUGGCGGAAACGCCCAACGCACUGAAUAUCGUUUUUUGUGCCGUGGUGAAUUCAGUCUCCACGAUGAUCGGUGGUUUACCAAGCCAUGGGGUCUGAAGGGAGGAAAACCAGGCCAGAGAUCACGAAAGACCUUAUACCGGUACUCAAAGUCAGCUGAAAAUCCACCCAUUGAGACUCUUCCCUCGAAAUGCGACCAUAUUCGCGUUGACGUUGGUGAUCUUCUCGAGUGGGUGACUUGGGGUGGAGGCGGGCUGGGCGAUCCUUUGACACGACCUGCCGAAAAGGUCGCACUCGAAGUCCAUCGAAAGCUUGUUACGUUCGAUGGAGCACGCACGGAGUAUGGUGUCGUCGUGAAUAGCGACUAUACCGUAGACUGUGCGGCAACUGAACAGCUACGCGCCAGGAUGCAGAUGGAGCGUGCUCAGUUGGGCGAGCUUCCGGUUUACGAUCGCGGUGGAAGUAUCGAGGAGUUGCAGGAAAAAUGCCUUGAAGAGACAGGACUUGCUCCCCCUUCACCUCAAUGGGAAGUCGAGCUGUAUGGGCCGCAUUCAGGGAAGGAGUAUGUCAAGACGUGGUACGCCGAUAUGAAAGUUCAGAAAGGGUGGAAGAUCGAUUAG